GUACCUGCAAAUAUUAGAGAAGAGAUUCAGUUUUAUGUCCAAGAAUAUCAUUUAGGGGCAAGUGUUUUGAAGCGGAUAUUAAGAAAUAAGUAUCCCAACCAAGAAAUAUAUAGUAAAGAUCUCUACAAAAUGAUCCAUAAAUUUAAAGUUGACGUACAAGUUAAAAACAAUGCUGCAACCUUGUAUGAACAUCUAUCAAAGUUACAACAAGAGAAUCCAGACUGGUAUUUCAAGAUCAAUUUUGAGGGUAUUAACAACAGGCUUUUUAAGAUUUUUUGGAUGUUGCCUGAACAGAAAAAUCAACAAAGUCACAUUGCUGCUACAGCUAUAGUUUGUGACGAGACCAUAUUAACUUACGAAUGGAUUUUGGAACAAACAAAACUGGCUACUGGGAAUCUUUAG